AUGCUCGCCCUAAAGCGUCUCGGCAGUCUCGAUCUCACUGUCACCACAAUAUUCCACGUUGAGUAUCAUAACGAGACGGAGCCGACACGAAGAGAGAUGGCACCGAUUCUUGUUGCCACUGCCCCUGCUCAGCAGCAGAAGCAACAGGUAGAAGGUGGGCCAAGACGCUUCGAACGGACCUGGGAACCAAAGUGCCCAAUAGAGGAUAUCAUGAACACCGACAUGUCGCCGGUGUUGCCCAAGCGGGAAUUUAAUCCGGUCAUAGUUCCGGUCACGUCCCCGGCCCCGGUUGGGGGCUCACUAUUGCAGGCACCUCCGAGUCCUGAGUUGUCGGCGCCUGGGCCCUCGAAAAUCCCUGGGCCGUCGACGAUGCCUGAGCCCUCGGUGACGCAUCCGCCCCCAGCAAUGCCCAGACUGAAUGCCAGGGGACGAAAGCUACUCCCGGAUGGCCCAAUCAAGAGGCGUACGCAGGAUUUGAGCACGCCUCAAAGCAGUGCACAAUCCUCGAUCUCGGCGCCGAAGCAACGUGCGGCUUUAGUCUUGGUUCCAGCUGCAGCUGCGGCUCCAGCUCUAGCCUCAGCUGCGACUCCCGCUCCUGCGUCUGCCCAAGUUACCGCACAACCAGCGGUCGUGGCAGUCGUCAACCAGAAGUCGAAGCCAAAGAAAGAGAACGAGAAGGUACGCUGCACCUGCAGCUAUUGUGUAGAGAGGCAUGGUCCCAACGGCAACAUGAUUGCCGAGAAGACGUGGAAGGAGCACAAACGUGCCGACACGACCGCGAAAGAAGGGACGGCGCAGGAUCCAAAGUGCAGAAAAUGCCAGAAGCAAACAUAUUCUAAGAGAAAGAGGGAGCUAAAAAGGCGGGAACGCCUGGAGGUAAAGGUGAAGAAGGUGGCCAACACUGUCACUGAUCCUCCUGAUGAUCCAGCUACUCAUCAGGCGGGACAGAAGCGAGGGCCAGAGUCGUCUUUCCCAGACGUGAAAGAUGACAGUCAAGUUCCUGACCUUCCUGUGGAUUUCAGGCAGCAGGCAGAGCCGUCCAUCUUCAAGAACAAGGUUGAGGAUAUCGGCGAGAGCGGCAGCCAUGCGAGUGGGAGCUCGGGGUUGGGCUUGAGAAGCCGCACCCUAAGUAUCUCGCCUCCUCCUGUCGUUCGGAAGAGGUCGGACGAAGUCGAGGAAAAUGCGGGCGAGGACUUUGGCCCGCGGACGAAAAGACGCCGUAUUGCCGACCAGGCCGAUUGA